AUCUGUUGUCAACUUUGUUGUCAUGGUCAGUGUGGCUUGAUCUGUCCAAACUGCCGCGUUACAGAGAUCUUUGCAGGAUCUAGUGCGUUGUGUGCUUUACACACACACACACACACACACACACACACUUCGUCUUAAAACAUGAACCUGUGUUGAGUCUCACUGCAGGACUGCACAGCGGCGCCAAAUUCAAACCUAACUCCAACAAAAGAGCCGUGUACAGCUGGACUGACAGUUACAGACAAUGUACGCAUGCGCAGUGAAUAACGUUAACCUGGAUGAGUCCACGUCCAGUUCUGAUGCUGCUGAUGUGUUAAUUCGCUCCACUAAAGCGGUAUUAGAGCAAAACAGACAGAAAACCCGGAGCGAAAACAUAGAUUGGACUUCAUCAUGCCACAGAGAUGUUAAUAUUUACGUGCGGAGACUGUCAGACUCUGUCCACACUUCCUGUUUGGCUGAAAGUGGAUUUCAGGAGAUGAUUCCUCCUGUGCUUCCUGUAAACACACAUUCAGCUUCAACUACAGCACCUGAAGACCAACAUCAUACAGCAUCAAAUCCAGGAUUUGGAGUUUCCAGGAGCAGUGAUGUGAGACACCAGAUCAGACUUCCUAGAGGAGGUAGAGAUGCAUUAAAAUCAUCAGUUGCCCAAACAAGGGACAAAGAACAAGGGCAGGACGUGUUAAUAUCGAGAUACUCCGGUCAUGGGAGAGGUGCUGUUGUUGCUGCAUUAAAGCACAGAUCCCACAGUGCACCGGUGAGACGUGAGGUGAAGGUACAGUUGCUGGAUGCUGGACGUCCACAAAGCAGUGAGCCAAAUCUUCCUGAGGUCCAGCCUAACACUGCUUUCUCAUCACAGGAUGCUGGAGCUGCUUCAACUGCAGCAGCCAUUACAGCUGCUGCCAUUGCAGCCACAGCUCCUCUCAUCAAGGCCCAGAGUGAUAUGGAGGCUCGUGUGGCUCAGGUGGCGUCUGAGUUGCGGCGACUCCAGGAAGCUGAGGGCAGAGUGAACAACGCAUCAGAGAGCAGAUCGGGCAGUGGUGCAGACAGAAUUGUCCAGCUGCAAGAGCAGCUGAAUGUACUGACCCAGCAGAGGCUUCAACAUCUGGAAACGAUCCAAGGCCAACAGCUUGAGCUGCAGACCCGUCUCUUGGGCUCUGCUCUGGAUUCUGUAACAGCACGUACUGUCCCACCUUCACAAUCCACACUUCACACAGGCUCUGGUGUAAUCCAGCCAGAGUGUGUACACAGGCCAGAGUUUAACAGGCUUCAUGUUGUGGAAAAUACUGAUGAAGGAAAUUCAGGCUCUACAGUGGCCCAGGAGCGAAGCAGGGAGACUCAGAGCAGAGGUGGGAAAAGUCUGCUAGAGAUGCCGGCACCACGUAAUGUCAUCCCCAAACCCACCCACUGGAAUCGUGCAGCCUACAGCAAACAGAAGAAGACACACAAACCUGCACAGACAAAGCCUGGAAAUGGCAGGCUGCAGGAACAGAUCACUAACAACCAGAAAUCUACAAGACAUCCAGCACAGCCUGAUGGAGUAAGGCAAGUUGCCAUGGCAACAGUCAAUGACAGCCAACCAGAGCAUUCAAGAGAAAACCUAGGAGAAACAUGUUUUUUUCCCACUGGAAGGGUUGAACCAGAGAGGCCAGCUGCUACACUGACCAAACGUCUGAGCACAAACGAGAGCCAAGAAAGCCUGAAGGGAGAGCCUACUUCAAUCCAUGCAGCUCAGAGCAGCUCCAGUUCUGCUAUGCAGCAGGCCAAUGCGAUGCUACAGGAUCUGAGCAGACUCAAAGACGAGAUGAGAAACUUAAUCCAGACUGCUGAUGCAUUUCCUGUGAAGCCUGCCGAGCCAAGCCACCUCGCACCCCCCACCCUGCCCUCUCCUCCACCCCAGCCCCCACCCCCAGUCUCCAUGCCAUCAGAGCAAGAUGAUGAGGUCAGUCCUAAGGCUAUUCCCCUGUCUCGACCCAACCAGCUACAGAAUAGCCGUCCACCUGUUUCCAUGUUUGAGGAUGCGGAGCGUGUCCUGAGGCAGGUCAGACAAAGCCGGAAGGUUCUAGAGGAGAAUCUGCAGGCAAUUUUGAGGGCCAAGGAAGGAGAAGUGCUUCAUACACAACUUGAGGCACUGUCGAACAACAGGGAUGCCAGCAAGGAGCUGAGAAUAAAAAAGACUGUUGAUGCCUGGAUCAACACACUGAGCAAAGAGAUUCAGGAAGAGCUAACGCAACAUGGAUCCGUUGUUCAGAUGAAGGCUGUAGAGAGAGAUAGUGUGGCAGCAGGCGGAUCAACACAGCGGGAUCAGAGCAGCAGGAGCAGGAGCACAGCUGGGAAAGAGCCUGGAAGACUGGGGAGAGAGCGGAAAGGAGCCACUGCAGCGGCGAGGAGAAAAACCUCUCACAGAGACUCCAAUAGACCACAGGCAGUGAGCACACAGGCUUCCAGCCAAGAGCUUGCCUCAUCUUUUAGAAACAGUACUGAGCAGCACCCACAGGCGUCAGCAGUGCUGAAGUCUGCAGGUGAUGAAGCGUACCUAACAAAGGUGUACGGGAAAGCCCUGUACGAGGGACAUCGACGCACAUUAAAGAAAGGCCCCUACCUGCGUUUCAGCUCUCCUACGCCAAAAUCUAAAGUGCAGCGUCCUAAAAUGAUAGAGAGUGUUAAAGGUGUGAAGAUGAAGUCCUGCAAGACCCAGACCAGUGUUUCUGGAGCUUGUCAUGCGUCUCUCCUGCAGCCUGUGUCCUCUGAGCCCCAGUACCUGUUCAGUCCUUGCAGCCCCAUCGAGGAACAGCAGCCUGGCUCUCUGUUAAAAGGCUACCUCAUGCCAAUGGCCAUUCCUCUGGGCAAGCCCAGAGUUGAUACCCAGGCUGCUUUGCCUUCACGGGUCAUCAUUAGUGACAAGCCUGCAACUGUGAUAACCUCCAUCCCUCCUGCCCCCAAAGUGGCUCCUCUUAUCCGUAAACCCAACACAUUGCUGCUGGAAGUUCAGUCGGAACCCAAGAAACCUGCCCCCCACCUCGAAAUACAGGUUCAACCCAGUGUGAACAUCGAGAGUGUAUCAGCCCUGAGCUGUACACUCUCUCCCUCUCCUCCUCCUUCUCCUCUUCUUCCUCCACCAUCCUUUCAGUCUGGAGUGGACGACCGAGCGUUCGAAGAGGAGGCUGAGGAGAAUGAUGGCUUUCCUGGAACCGGCGUCUUUGAGGUGGCAGACAACAGCCAGGAACCUGAGAUGGAGGGAGAAUUUCCUGAUUCUCCUAUAGAGCUGCAUGGACUGCCCUCUCCUCCAGUCGCUCUGUACCAUGGGCCGACUUUUCCACCACAGCCGAGUCAGCCUAGUCCCCUCGCUCAGCCCAUAAUCACCGCCAUCCAGCACAGAGAGACCCUGGAAAACAGACUUGUGGACUGGGUGGAGCAGCAGCUGAUGGCCAGGAUGAUCAGUGGCAUGUUCCCUCAGCCAGUCCAUACAGACCCAGCCACCAAUUCAGAGCCGGAGGACAGUGUCACCUCAGACACCACAGUGGAGACAGCGGGCGGACUGCAGCUGGCUGUGGAUGCUGGCAUGCCGGUGGACUCUGAGCUUAUCCGGCAGUAUGUGAAUGAGGUGCUGACUGACUUAAUUGUCCUAACACUGGGCCAGAGAGAAGGACCGCGAGAGCCUCCUGGUACAGCUUCAUCACAGGAUACACACGUUCAGCAGGAGAGUACAGUACCAACACCAGUGCCCACUCCUGAGCCCACUGUUAGAGAGAGUUCUCCAGCACUGAGGGAGGCGCCGUCUCCAAUCAGCACUCCAGAUCUCUCAGAGCAUCCUUCCCUGGCUCAAUCACCCAGAGAUUCACAGCAUGCUCAGCCUCAGCAGCCAGUUUUACCAGAAUCAGUGGAAACGCCUGUAUGCACUCCAGUUUCAUCCCCCAGAAGGAUAGAGACGCCAGAGCCAGAAAACCUGCAAAACCAACCAUGGGAAGAUGCAGAACUUCCACUUAUAGAGGAGAAACCACACAGUGAGGCGGAAGAGCAACAGCCCCUACCAGUCAGUGUACUUUCAGUAGCCCGUGAGGAGGAGGAGGAAGAGGCAAUCAUCCAUCCAUUUUCUCCAGUUCUCCCCAAACCACAGAAUCCCCCAACUGCUACAGUAGAGCAUACUGAACCUGCACCUCCCGAGUCUCCGUCUGUGAAGGAGAGCAGCUCAAACUCCAGCACCUCUAUCACAGAGAUGGAGACGGAGACAGAGACUGCAGCCAGACACAUCUCUGAGGGAGAGCUGCUCCUCAGCUGCGGCCAGAUGGCUGCAGUCAGAGCUUUGGCGGAGGAGGGCUUCACUUUGCAGAACCUAAUGACAAGCUUCAACAGCUCACUGCAUGGAGUCCAAGAUAUGGAUUAUGAUCCUCCAAGUGAGGGUGAGGUGACGAGAAGGCCGCUUGUUUCUGCCCACCAUGACCCAAUCCUGUCACUGCUGGCUCGGAUGGAGCAGGGUUCAGUCAGCCAAUCACAUCAGCCUGAAAGGUGGAGGGAUGACGAGAGCAGCGGGGAGGUGAGCGAGGGGCAGCGGCCGGUUCUGACCGUAGUGCAGGAGAAAGUGGUGACAGGACACUCUCUCAUCUCGCAGCAUCAGUCUAUCCAGCCCUCUACAGAACAGUCACCCUAUGCUAACCCGGGUUCACCUGGACAGUCACAAAUUCAGCACACAGGUGAAAAAGGUGCAGUCGCUAAGAAUGGUGGGCUGUCAGUAAACGUCUCCCUAUCAGCAGAGCACACAGAGUCUCCACACGCUCUUCACUCGUUUACUGCAUCUACCCUUCAGCCAGGAGGCUAUGCACAUCAACAGGCUGCUGAGCCUCGACCGUUAGUAAACAGACCGACUCCAAUACUGGUGAAGCAAUACAAAAGCACAGAGGAACCAGAGUUGCUCCACCAAAGAAGGAGCUCGAAUGACACAGCUGUCUGCUUUGAGGACAUGGAUAAAGGAUCUGAAGGUGCUCAACAAGCAGGAGGAAGCCUAGAGCUAAUGUCACUUCAGCUGCUGUCUGGCCAGAGGGAUAGUCGGUCUCCCAGUAUCAGCACUGUGGAAGGUGAUUCAGACUCCUUCAGUGACAUGUUCUAACACCUGUGGAGCUACCUCAGUGUCUGAUCUCCUGCAGGCCUCAGUGGACAGGAGCGGAGGAAACCACAAUCAGCUUUAUCUGACUGGAGAUGUGGGACCAGGGUGAAUUAUUUACACUGUGCCUUGUGAAAGGAUGAAAUUAUAUAUCUUGUAGUGAAAGUGUUGUGCUUAAUGCAUUAAUGCACCACACUCGCCAUAACAAGAUCAGCGUGAACAUUUUAUCCUGUGACAUUCAAGUGGUUUUAAUUGUGUGAAAAGGAAAAUGUGCUUAUUGGUUAGUCUUACAUGGUUUUGCACUUUUAAACCAAUAAAUAUUU